AACUAGACUACUUUGAUUUUAAUACUUGUGCUAUAAUUUCUUUAUUCAACGUGUUCAUGUUUGAAAAUUAUUAUAAUCUCUCUUUGUACACAGUUACCGAGGAUGAUACCGAUGGCCUUCGAAAGAAUGCUUUGACGACAGAGGCCCUCAAAAUGUUCCACUCUACAAAUAUCAGUGAUGCUUACAGCGACACAACUUCCGAAUGGAGUUUGGAAGACGGCUUACACAGUACCUUGUACCAUCCGGUAAUCACCUUAAAGCAAUUCGAAGGCCAAGACGACAACGUCGAUGACUCUUAUCGAUCUGCUCAUGUCUCCAUUGAAGGUGAUGGCGAAUCGUUCCUAUCGGAUUCUACAUCUAGUCUGCUAAGGUUUAUGGAUCAAAUGGAUAAUGACAGCCUUUCCAGCAUCGCCAGCGAUGAUGAAUACGAUGUCGACACGUUCACAACUGUUAGUGAUCUGACAGACUUUGAUGAUGAUCUCUUGGAUGACGACAACAGUGACGUCGUGCUUGAAAUGUCUAUGCCAGAAGUCGAUUUUGGGCUGCCAGACGAUGCUUUAUCCAUUGCAACUACCUUUCUCAAUGGAAUAAUGGCUGAGGUCGCUUCCGAACUAAACUCGAAAUAGUCGACUUCCAAAAUAUUCAAUCACUUUCUUGUAAAUAAAGCUAUCUAGUUAUUCUAUAGAUUUUCUGCUCUCAUCUCUAUGUUAUUGCUGUUAAGAGGUGUGAAUCAUAGCAAGUGAAAGUGCUAGGCGUGAGAAGUGUUGAAUGUUCUAAUCAAUGACUCCAGAAAAAUUAU